UCAGCCAAUUUAUUUUUAUUUUGCCUUGUUGGAGUUCGUUGGUCUUGUGCUUGUGUUGUGUAAAGUUGUGUUGUGUUUCCGAUUCUUGAAAGAGAAAGUACAUUUUAAUGUGUCUUUUAUUCAAUAUUUACGCUUAAUUAGGAAACUGCAUGAUCCUAAAAGACUAUAGCAAAGCUGUCUCACAUACACCAUGGAAGAUGCAACGGGAAACGGUGUAUUAAAAAAGCGAAAGAACUUAGGAUCCAAGAAGGAUGAUGAAUCUUGUACAGGCGAAACAGACGUUGGCCAGAAAGAGUCGAAAUUGGCACCAAAUAGUUCGAAAGUGAUAGGAAUAGUGUUCGCGUCGCUGCUGCUGGACCUGCUGGCGUUCACGAUGAUCCUGCCGCUGCUGCCGGCGCUGCUAGAGCAGUACGCGGCGGCGGCGGAGGGCGCGGGGGGCGAGGGCGGCGCGGGGCUGUACGCGGCGCUGCUGCGGGCGGUGCGCGGGUUCCAGCGGCUGAGCGGCGCGCCGGCGGGCGCCACGCCGGUGCUGGUGGGCGGCGCGCUCGGCUCCAUGUUCUCUCUGCUGCAGUUCCUCACCAGCCCCGUGGUCGGCAGCCUCUCCGACGCCUACGGCCGCAAGCCCAUGCUGCUUCUGUGUCUGGGCGGCAUCUCGGCGUCGCACCUGGUGUGGGGCCUGGCGCGCUCGUUCGGCGUGUUCGUACUGGCGCGCGCGCUGGGCGGGCUAGCGAGGGCCAACGUCAGCCUCGCCAUGGCCGUGGUGGCCGACGUGAGCGACGACACGCAGCGCGCGCGCGGCAUGGCGCUGGUGGGUCUGGCGUUCUCGGUGGGGUUCACGCUGGGCCCGCUGGGGGGCGCGUGGCUGGCGCGGGGGGGCGCGGGGGGGGCCGCCCCCGCCGCCUGCGCGCUCGCGCUGUCGCUCGCCAACAUGGCGCUGGUCGCGCUCGCGUUGCCGGAGACGCUGCCCAAGGAGAAGCGCACGCCGCUGCGGCUGUCGGCGCGCAAGGCGGCGGCGCUGGUGCUGCCGUGGCAGCUGGUGCGCUUCUCGGCGGCGCCGCUGGGCGCGCGCGCGCGGGCCCGCCUCCACGCGCUGGGCCGCGUGUACCUGCUGUACCUGUUCCUCUACUCCGGCCUCGAGUUCACGCUCACCUUCCUCACGCACACCGCCUUCCACUACUCCGCCAUGCAGCAGGGGAAGAUGUUCCUCGUCAUCGGUGUGAUAAUGGCGGUGCUGCAGGGCGGCGCGGCGCGGCGGCUGGGCGCGGCGGGGGCGGCGCGGGCGGCGCGGGGGGCGCUGCUGCUCACGCCGCUGAGCUUCCUGUGCGUGUCGCAGGCCGCGCGCCCCGCGCCGCCGCUGCUGUCCCCGCUCGCGUGGCUCUGGACCGGACUCGUGCUCUUCGCUAUCUGCACGGCGUUCGCGGUGUCGUGUCUGUCGGAGCUGGCGGCGCGCGGGGCGGGCGCGGGGGCGCGGGGGGCGGUGCUGGGCGCGCUGCGCUCGCUGGGCGCGCUGGCGCGGGCGCUGGGCCCGCUCGCCGCCGCCACCAUGUACUGGUGGGGCGGGCCGGUGCUGACGUACGCGGUGGGCGCCGCGCUGCUGCUGCUGCCCGCCGCCAUGCUGUGCCGCGCCGAGCUGUGAGCUGCGGGGGGGGGGGAGGGGGGGGCUGUGCCGCGCCGAGC